GUGCGGAAAAGUGAGGUUGGGAAACCAGAUCUUACACGUUCCAGUAUGUCAACCGAUAAAAAGACGUCAGAUAUUACGAAGAAAAUGUCCGAAAUGAACGUGGAGGAACCUGAAAGAAAGCUGACGCACAAGGAAAAGAAAAAAUUAAAGAAACAGCAGGAGUAUGAGAGAACUAUGGAGAUGUUAACGAAGACCGGUGGUCAGGGUCACAGCGAACUCGAGUCCAAUUUUACUGUGUCCCAGUCUCAAACCCAGCAACGCACUAAUCAACAAUUAGAACAUGCCGUCGACAUCAAGGUGGAAAAUUUCAGCAUUGCUGCCAAAGGAAAGGAGCUCUUCACUAAUGCCAGUCUAUUAAUUGCACAGGGUAGACGUUACGGUUUGGUAGGACCAAAUGGACAUGGCAAGACUACUUUAUUGCGUCACAUUGCGAAAAGAGCAUUUGCCAUUCCAUCUACGAUAGAUGUAUUGUACUGUGAGCAAGAAGUUAUCGCCGAUAAUACUCCGGCUGUAGAAGUAGUACUGAAUGCAGAUGUUAAGUGUAAAGCGUUAUUAGCAGAGUGCAAACAGCUGGAAGAAUUAGUGGAACAAGGAGAUAAUUCUGUUUUAGGUAGGCUGGACGAGAUUUACGAAGAACUGAGAGCUUCGGGUGCAGAUUCUGCAGAGCCACGGGCUAGAAGAAUUCUAGCUGGUCUAGGAUUUAGUCGUUCUAUGCAAGAUCGCGCGACAAAGAACUUUUCUGGGGGUUGGCGUAUGCGCGUUUCUCUUGCAAGGGCACUCUUCUUAGAGCCUACUUUGUUAUUACUCGAUGAACCAACAAAUCAUUUAGAUUUGAACGCUGUUAUCUGGUUGGACAAUUACCUACAAGCAUGGAAAAAAACUCUAUUAAUUGUUUCUCACGAUCAGAGCUUUUUGGAUAACGUUUGCACGGACGUGAUUCAUUUGGAUCAGCAAAAGCUAUUUUAUUACAAAGGAAAUUAUAGUAUGUUUAAAAAGAUGUAUGUACAAAAGCGAAAAGAGAUGAUAAAGGCAUACGAAAAGCAAGAAAAACGGUUGAAGGACCUAAAAGCCUCGGGGCAAAGUAAAAAACAAGCAGAGAAAAAGCAAAAAGAAGUUUUAACCAGAAAGCAGGAGAAGAAUAAAACAAAAAUGCAAAAGCAAGAGGAUGACACGACGCCUACGGAAUUGUUACAGAAACCUAGAGAAUAUAUAGUCAAAUUUAGUUUCCCUGAUCCACCCCCUUUGCAACCACCCAUUCUUGGUCUUCACAAUGUCUAUUUCGCGUACGAAGGACAACAACCAUUAUUUAUUGAUGUUGAUUUUGGAAUAGACUUAAGUUCUAGAAUAGCUAUAGUAGGACCUAAUGGUGUUGGCAAAUCCACAUUUUUGAAAUUAUUGACUGGAGAUCUACAACCACUGAAAGGAGAUCUAAUAAAGAAUCAUCGAUUAAGGAUAGGUAAGUUCGACCAGCACUCUGGCGAACAUCUAACCGCUGAAGAAACGCCGUCAGAAUAUUUAAUGCGUUUGUUUGAUCUUCCAUACGAGAAAGCUAGGAAACAAUUAGGAACAUUUGGACUGAGUUCUCACGCCCAUACAAUUAAAAUGAAAGACUUGUCAGGAGGUCAAAAAGCACGUGUCGCUUUGGCAGAAUUAUGUUUAAAUGCACCCGACGUUGUAAUUUUAGACGAGCCGACGAACAAUUUAGACAUAGAAUCUAUCGAUGCUCUGGCUGAGGCUAUUAAUGAAUAUAAAGGGGGAGUUAUUAUCGUUUCUCACGAUGAGCGUCUAAUCAGAGAUACAGAAUGUUGUUUAUACGUAAUUGAAACUCAACAGAUCAACGAGAUCGAUGGAGAUUUCGAUGAUUAUAGGAAAGAACUGUUGGAAAGUCUAGGAGAAGUUGUUAACAAUCCAAGUAUAGCUGCAAAUGCUGCUGUUCUACAAUAAUCAUUUUGCCUUUAUAGAACAGUUAUACUCCAGUGGCCUGUGGAAUCGAUCCCUUCAGACACGAAUAUUCAUCCAGUAUAUUAAACGCUUUUUACAUGUUAGUUUUUCCCCAUAAAAUUAUUAAAUUCUGAUCGUCGAUUUUAAAAUGCGAUUAUCAGUGCUUCGAAUACAAAAAGGUGGAUUAAUUUACGUUUAAAGGCAUACAGAGUUGAAAACGUUACGUCUGAUAGGGUUAAAAAUAUUGUCAAAUUGUAAUAAAUUCGUAAUAUACGAUCUCUAUUUGAGCUGCAAAUGUCAUACCAAUGGAAAGUUACA